AGUCGCGUCAUCUUGGCAGCGCGGGAAGGGGGCGCAAGGGCUGCAUUUCCGCUGGGCAGGAAAAGGAAGAGGAAGUGGUAGCUGGCCACGGAGAGUCCGGGUGCGCUCCAUUUUCAUCCUUCCCCAACCCAAGUCGCGUUGCGGCAGCGCGUACAGGCGGUAGAGGAGCCGCGCUGCUGCUGGGGAGGAGGAAGAGGAAGCAGUAGCUGGCGGCCCAGAAAACUUACUCGACUAGUGUGCGCGCUGCAGUGUAGGGCACCGGCAGUCGUCUCUGUUAAAUGGUUUCUUGCGCCUAGCCUUGUUCCAGCUCGCCUGUAGUGGCCAGAUGUAUGCAAUUCCUACUGUUGGUGAAUGGGACAAUCCUGUUAAAAACAGGGACACUGGAGCAUAGCAGUAGAAAUGGAUGAACAAGCUCUUCUGGGAUUAAACCCAAAUGCUGACUUAGACUUCAGACAACGAGCAUUGGCCUAUUUUGAACAGCUGAAGAUAUCUCCAGAUGCUUGGCAGGUGUGUGCCGAAGCUUUAGCCCAAAGAAUCUACAGUGAUGAUCACAUAAAAUUCUUCUGCUUUCAAGUUCUGGAACAUCAGAUAAAAUACAAGUAUUCUCAGUUAACUGAUGUACAACAUCAGCUUAUUAGGGAAACGCUCAUGACAUGGCUACAAGCACAGAUGGUGAAUUCUCAACCAGAGAAGACGUUUAUACGAAACAAAGCAGCACAGGUCUUUGCUUUGCUAUUCGUUACUGAAUAUCUGACAAAGUGGCCCAAAUUUUUCUUUGAUAUUAUGUCUGUAGUAGGCCUCAAUCCUCGAGGAGUGGACCUCUACCUCAGAAUCCUUAUGGCAGUUGAUGCUGAAUUGGUAGACAGAGAUGUCGUUCAUACAUCAGAGGAGGCUCGCAGAAAUACCUUAUUAAAAGAUGCUAUGAGGGAGCAAUGCAUUCCAAGUUUGGUGGAAUCGUGGUACCAAAUUUUACAAACUUACCAGUAUUCAAAUUCAGAGUUGACAUGUCAGUGCCUUGAAGUCGUUGGAGCAUAUGUCUCUUGGAUAGAAUUGAGCCUAAUUGCCAAUGAAAGGUUUAUAAACAUGCUGCUAGGUCACAUGUCUGUAGAAGUUCUACGGGAGGAAGCAUGUGACUGCUUGUUUGAAAUUGUAAAUAAAGGAAUGGAUCCAAUUGAUAAAACAAAGUUGGUAGAAACUUUGUGUCAAGUGUUACAGUCGGCUGGCCUCUUCAGUGUUGACCAGGAAGAAGAUGUGGACUUCUUAGCCAGGUUCUCUAAGUUGGUCAAUGGAAUGGGACAGUCAUUGAUAACUAGUUGGACUAAACUAAUUAAGAGUGGAGAUAUGAAGAAUGCUCAAGAUUCUCUGCAGGCGAUUGAAACAAAAGUAGCUCUAAUGUUGCAACUUCUGAUUCAUGAGGACGACGACAUCUCUUCCAAUAUUAUUGGCUUUUGUUAUGACUAUCUGCAUAUACUGAAGCAGCUUCCCAUGCUUUCAGAACAGCAAAAAGCUAAUGUAGAGGCAAUUAUGUUGGCAGUUAUGAAGAAGUUAACAUAUGAUGAGGAAUACAACUUUGAAAAUGAGGGUGAAGAUGAAGCAAUGUUUGUAGAAUACCGAAAACAGCUGAAACUGUUGUUGGACAGACUUGCGCAGGUCUCGCCUGAAUUACUGUUAAUUGCUGUACGCAGAAUUUUUAACACUACAUUGCAGAAUUGGCAAACCAAGGCAUUUAUGGAAGUAGAAGUCGCAAUAAGGCUGCUGUACAUGUUGGCUGAGGCUCUUCCAGUAUCUCACGGUGCUCAUUUUUCAGGCGAUUCAAAAGCUAGCGUCCUGCAGGACAUGAUGCGGACUCUGGUUACAUCAGGAAUUAGUGGCUAUCAGCAUACAUCAGUAACUCUGGAAUUCUUUGAGACUGUGGUCAGAUAUGAAAAAUUUUUCACCAUUGAACCUCAGCACAUUCCAAAUGUCUUAAUGGCCUUCUUGGAUCACAGAGGUCUUCGCCAUAGUAAUCCAAAAGUACGAAGCAGAAUAGCUUACCUUUUCUCCAGAUUUGUCAAGUCUCUCAAUAAACAAAUGAACCCAUUUAUUGAAGAUGUGCUGAACAGAAUACAAGAUCUGAUGGAACUCUCUCCACCUGAAAAUGGCUACCAGGCUUUAUUAAGCAGUGAUGACCAAUUGUUCAUUUAUGAGACGGCUGGAGUUUUAAUUGUGAACAGUGACUUCUCAGCAGAACGGAAGCAGGCUUUAAUGAGAAAUCUGUUGACUCCUCUAAUGGAGAAGUUUAAAGUGCUCUUAGAAAAACUUAUGAUGGCACAAGACGAGGAGAGACAGAUGGCAUUAGCUGACUGUCUGAAUCAUGCUGUUGGCUUUGCCAGCCGUACUAGCAAAGCUUUCAGCAACAAGCAGACUGUAAAGCAAUGUGGCUGCUCUGAAGUGUAUCUGGACUGCUUACAGACAUUUCUUCCAGCUCUCAGCUGCCCCUUACAAAAGGAAGUUCUUAGAAGUGGUGUCCGUACAUUUCUUCACCGAAUGAUUAUUUGUUUAGAGGAAGAAGUUCUCCCAUUCAUCCCUUCAGCCUCUGAACAUAUGCUCAAAGAUUGUGAAGCAAAGGAUCUUCAAGAAUUCAUUCCUCUCAUAAACCAGAUCACAGCUAAGUUCAAGACCCAAGUUUCUCCAUUUCUGCAACAAAUGUUUAUGCCGUUGCUGCAUGCUAUCUUUGAAGUCUUGCAUCGCCCAGCUGAUGAAAAUGACCAGUCUGCAGCCUUGGAAAAACAGAUGUUACGAAGGAGUUACUUCACCUUUCUACAAACGGUCACUGGCAGUGGAAUGAGUGAAGUUAUAGCCAAUCAAGGUGCAGAGAAUGUAGAGCGUGUGUUGUUCACAAUCAUCCAAGGAGCUGUUGAUUACCCAGAUCCUAUUGCUCAGAAAAACUGCUUUAUUAUUCUUUCAAAAUUAGUGGAACUUUGGGGAGGUGAAGAUGGACCUGUAGGCUUUGCUGACUUUGUCUACAAACACAUCGUUCCAGCAUGCUUCUUAGCACCUUUAAAGCAAACCUUUGACUUGGCAGAUGCACAGACAGUAUUGGCUUUAUCUGAAUGUGCAGUGACACUAAAAACAAUUCAUCUCAAAAGGGGCCUUGAAUGUAUUCAGUAUCUUCAGCAAGAAUAUCUCCCAUCAUUGCAGGUAGCUCCUGAAAUUAUACAGGAGUUCUGCCAGGCACUUCAGCAACCUGAUGCUAAAGUUUUUAAAAACUACUUAAAGGUAUUCUUUCAAAGAGCAAAACCCUAAGAAGUUGACUGGAAUCUUCACUUAUUCUCCCUAAUCAAGAACUCCAGAUAUUUAAUUUAUAUGAAUGCUAUCUUCUGUGCCAUCCAGACUGUCUGUACUGUUAAAAGAUGUUGCUUCGUGCUUACAUCAGUAUGUGUAUUAGCCUUUUUGUGAAAAAAUGCAAAUGAAAUACCCCACAUUGUGUUGGCUGAUACAUGUACGGUAUGUGGACGACACAAGUUGCCUGCGUGCCUAUGCAAAGCACUCUGUGUAGGAUAAUUAUAUGCUGUAAUUAGUACAGCAAAAGGAAAAAAUACUCAACUUUUUUAUUUUGAAAUUAAAAUAUGUAUAAAUUCCUUCAGAGUCUAUAGCAAUGGUUAUAAAUGUGUACAUUUUUAAAUACCAAGUAAAAUAUUUGCAUAUUGGUAAUGAAAUUCAUCUUGUUCAUGUAUGGUGACAUAAAAUAAAACAAUCAAACUCCAUUUUGUAGACACUUAUUUCAUUGGAGAAGUCUUAAUGCUGAAGUGUAUACUACAGAAUACCGUUAUUGAUGAUCUGAUAAAAAUAGGAUCUGGCUCUACAUUUUUUAUACAGAAAUAAAUUUUUAUUCAAUGAAACCUA